GCCGUCUAAUAAUAUUGACAUUGUGUGGGCAAUGAAUAGGGUGGAAGGGAGUUGAUUAAGCGCAGACAUGGAAGAAAAAGGAGAGAAACUAUGCGAAGCGGCGAGGGUGGGUGAUUUAGCAGGCAUUACAUCUCUCAUUGAUGCCGGAUAUGACGUCACUUACUUCGAUGCUGAAGGCCUAACUCCAUUGAUGCAUGCCGCAAAGCUUGGUCACUCUGAAGUCGUCCGUAAGAUUCUUGAAGCCGGCGCUCCUUGGAAUGCUCUUUCUCCUUCUUCUCUCUGUGCUGGUGAUUUUGCAAUGCAGAAUGGUCACCAAGAUGCCUUCGACAUCCUUCUCAAUACCGGGGUUCAAGCUGAAUUGAUCCUUGGUACCAUUGCAAGAAAUGCAAAAGAAGAUGGCCAUUCAGAUGCGGGUUACUUGGAGGAUAGAGUUAUCUUUAGCGAGGACAAGCUGAUGGAUGCAGAUAGCAAGGCUGUUAUGAUGGCAUGGGAGAAACCAUUAAUGGAGUCUCAUGCAAAAGCCAUUUGCUCUGGUGGAGGCCAUGUGUUGAAUAUUGGAUUCGGAAUGGGUCUGGUAGAUAUGGCCAUCCAGCAAUAUAAUCCUAUUUCACAUACUAUUGUUGAGGCUCACCCAGAGGUUUAUGACCGUAUGCUUAGAAAUGGCUGGGGUGAGAAAGAAAAUGUGAAGAUUUUGUUUGGUCGGUGGCAAGAUGUACUUCCCCAACUUGAAUCUUAUGAUGGUAUAUUCUUCGAUACAUAUGGAGAAUACUAUGAAGAUAUGAGAGAAUUCCACCAACAUCUUCCUAAACUGUUGAAACCUGAGGGUAUUUACUCUUUCUUCAAUGGUCUUUGUGGAGAUAACGCGUUCUUCCAUGUUGUUUACUGCAAUAUAGUUUCAUUGGAACUUGAAAACCUGGGAUAUACUACACAGUUAAUUCCCUUGCCUGUGAAGGAUUGCCUCGCGGAGGAUGUCUGGAAAGGUGUAUUACAGAAAUACUGGCAAUUAGAUAUGUACUACCUUCCUGUUUGCCAUUACACAGAUGAUUCUGUGUGACUUCUGAAGUAAGUGUUUUUGCAUGGCGUUUAUGUAAUGUCUUUUAAUGAACAUUGUUUGACCUAUAUAGUUGGUGACUUAUCAGUCCUGCUAAUUUAUCAAUGUGUAGUAUCAGAAGCUUUUCUAAUUGUUACCAACUAUUACUAUGAAUGAAACGAGUUGAUUUUCAUUCAUGUGUCCUGCCUUGAAUUGUAUGGGUUUCAUACUUUGAUAAUCGAGCAAUUUAUUGGACUGUUAUCAAA